CCGUUUGAGUAUGCAGUUCUGCUGACCAUCAUAGCCAACUGUGUGGUUUUGGCCUUAGAAGAACAUUUGCCCAGGCAAGACAGAACUCCACUGGCACAAAGGCUUGAGACAACUGAGCCAUACUUUUUAGGAAUUUUCUGCUCUGAGACUGUAUUAAAAAUUCUAGCUUUAGGUUUUGUACUUCAUAAAGGGGCUUAUCUACGCAAUAUCUGGAACAUUAUGGAUUUUGUUGUUGUAGUAACCGGGUUUAUAACAUUCAUUGUACCCCAAGACAUAGAUGUUGUACCCCAAGACAUAGGUAUAGACUUGAGAACAUUGAGAGCUAUUAGAGUUCUGAGGCCUCUGAAGCUGGUGUCUGGCAUACCAAGUCUUCAGGUAGUUCUCAAGUCUAUCAUCAAGGCGAUGGCACCUUUACUCCAAAUUGGCCUCUUGGUGCUUUUUGCCAUCAUAAUCUUUGCUAUUAUAGGCCUUGAAUUUUACAGUGGUGCUCUUCAUAAAACUUGUUUCAGUUUAGCAGAUACUAGUGAAAUUGUCACUGAGGGGGAUCAAACAACCCCUUGCUAUUUCGUAGGUAAUCAAUCAGACGCCGAAAAAGCGCCUACUGGUGCUUACCUCUGUAAUCUUUCUGAAUCAAAUUGCACAGAGGGGUGGAUAGGACCCAAUUUUGGAAUCACUAGCUUUGAUAAUAUUUGUUUUGCCAUGUUGACAGUUUUUCAGUGCAUCACCAUGGAAGGCUGGACAGCCAUUUUAUAUUGGACUAAUGAUGCCCUAGGAAGUAACUUUAAUUGGAUCUAUUUUGUACCUCUUAUUAUUCUGGGAUCAUUUUUUAUGCUCAACUUAGUUCUUGGUGUUCUUAGUGGUGAAUUUGCAAAAGAAAGAGAAAGAGUGGAAAAUAGACAGAGUUUUUUAAAACUUAGAAGACAGCAACAGUUAGAAAAAGAAUUGAAUGGCUAUGUAGAAUGGAUAUGCAAAGCUGAGGAAGUUAUUUUAGCGGAAGAAAGAACAACUUUAGAAGAGAAGCUUCAUAUAAUUGAAGCUCGAAAGCGUACUGCUAAAAGGAAGAAAAUGAAAAAUAUGCACAGUAAAAGCACAGACGAAGAUGAAGAAGAAGAUGAUGGUAGUAAAGAAAGUGAUUCUGUUGCUAAAAAGGAAAAAUUAAAAGGGUUGGCUAGGGCUUCCUAUUUCAAGGCCAAAAUAAAGAACAAAGGAGCAUGUAAAGCCUUUUGGCGUGUAGAAAAACGAAUAAGGUUUUUUAUUCGUCAUGCAGUUAAAUCCCAAGCCUUUUACUGGUUUGUGAUAGUCUUAGUGUUUUUAAAUACUGUAUGCGUAGCAGCUAAUCAUUAUGGCCAGCCGGAUUGGCUGUCAGAUUUUUUAUACUAUGCAGAAUUUGUAUUUUUGGGACUUUUCAUCUGUGAAAUGUUUAUUAAAGUUUAUGCCCUCGGGCCUCGCCUAUACUUCGAAUCUGCCUUCAACAGAUUUGAUUGUGUUGUUAUAUGUGGAAGUAUAUUUGAAGUCAUCUGGUCCAGUUAUAGAGAAGGUUCAUUUGGUCUUUCAGUACUCAGAGCGUUAAGACUUCUCAGGAUCUUUAAAGUGACAAAGUACUGGGCUUCUCUGCGCAAUCUUGUUAUAUCCCUUCUGAGCAGCAUGCGUUCCAUUCUCAGUCUGUUGUUCCUUUUGUUUCUUUUCAUCCUAAUAUUUGCACUUUUAGGAAUGCAACUUUUUGGAGGCGCUUUUAAUUUUGAAGAAGAGCCUCCAGAAAACUUUAAUUCCUUUCCUAUUGCCUUGCUCACUGUGUUUCAGAUUUUAACUGGGGAAGACUGGAAUGAAGUUAUGUACAGUGGGAUACAAUCUCAAGGAGGAAUUCAUGGGGGAAUGAUAUAUAGUUUAUAUUUUAUAAUUCUAGUCCUGUUUGGUAACUAUACUCUGUUAAAUGUAUUUUUGGCCAUUGCUGUUGAUAACUUAGCCAAUGCUCAGGAGCUCACUUUAGCACAAGAAGAAGCAGAUGCUGAAAAAGAGAGAGCCCAUCAGGAGAGAGAAAAAGAAUUGCUGGGGCUUCAGCCACCUGAAGUCAAUAUUUGUCCUCCCUCCCCCCAAGUCAAUGCUGGCAAUGGGGCAAAGGAUAAUAUAUUAGCUGUAAAUUUAGAUGAUAAAAAUGAGAAAAAGAAGCCUGGUGAUUUGUCGGAUGAUGAUGAAGAAGGAGCUCAAGAUUUGGAUGCCAGAGAUGAUGAUAUUACUGGUCCUAGACCAAUGCUUCCAUACUCCUCUAUGUUUAUUUUUUCUUCAAAUAAUCCCAUCCGUUGUGCUGCACAUUAUGUUGUGAAUAUGCGAUAUUUCGACCUUUUCAUUAUGAUCAUCAUUUCAUUAAGUAGUAUGUCAUUAGCAGCAGAAGAUCCCGUUGUUGAGGAUUCAGAAAGUAAUAGGAUAUUGAAUUACUUUGAUUAUGCUUUCACAGGUGUGUUUACAGUUGAAAUGAUUUUAAAGGUUGUGGAUCAAGGUAUUAUCUUCCAUCCAGGCUCUUACUGUAGAGAUCCAUGGAAUAUUUUGGAUGCUAUAGUUGUGAUAUGUGCUUUAGUGGCCUUUGCCUUCUCUGGAAGUAGUACAGGCCAGAAUCUUAGUACUAUCAAAUCUUUAAGAGUUUUACGAGUGUUACGGCCACUCAAGACCAUUAAAAGAGUACCUAAGUUGAAGGCUGUAUUUGAUUGUGUAGUCACAUCUUUAAAGAAUGUUGUGAACAUACUCAUCGUGUAUAUCUUGUUCCAAUUUAUCUUUGCUGUUGUUGCUGUUCAGUUGUUUAAUGGAAAAUUUUUUUACUGCACAGAUAGUUCUAAACUUCGGCAAGAAGAGUGUGAGGGUGAGUUUUUGGUUUUCCAUGGGGAUGAUAAACGACCUGAAGUUGAGAAACGGGAAUGGCUUCAUCGACCAUUUCAUUAUGACAAUGUGAUGGCUGCCAUGUUAACAUUGUUUACAGUGCAAACGGGGGAAGGUUGGCCAGAUGUAUUGCAGAAUUCCAUGGACUCGACUUAUGUAGACUAUGGUCCACUUCCAAGGUUUCGCAUUGAAAUGGCUAUAUUCUAUGUUGUGUUUUUUGUGGUGUUUCCAUUUUUCUUUGUUAAUAUAUUCGUGGCCUUGAUCAUCAUCACAUUUCAAGAGCAAGGAGAGAAAGAGCUUGAAGAAGGAGAUUUGGAUAAAAACCAAAAAUCCUGUAUAGAUUUUGCAAUUCAAGCUAGACCAUUACAAAGGUUUAUGCCAAAGAACAAAGAUGAUGUACAGUAUAAGGUUUGGAAGGCUGUUGUUUCACCUCCUUUUGAAUAUUUCAUUAUGUUGCUAAUUGUGCUCAAUACAUUACUUUUAAUGAUGAAGUAUCACAAACAAAAACAACUGUUCAAGUCUACCCUGCACUACAUGAAUGCGGCCUUCACUGCACUCUUUACCCUUGAAUGCUCGCUCAAGUUGGCUGCAUUUGGAGUCAGGUUCUACCAAGCCCCUGAUCUGUAUUUAGACACAUUAGACUACUUAAACGAAGCUUUUACGGCACUCUUUCUGAUCGAAUGUGGUCUGAAGUUUAUGGCAUACGGAUGCAAGAAUUUCUUUAAAGAUCCUUGGAACACAUUUGAUUUCAUAACUGUUGUUGGAAGUGUCAUAGAUGCCUUAGUUGUAGAAACUGGGGUUAGUUUCUUCAAUUUUGGGUUUCUCCGCUUAUUUCGAGCUGCUCGCCUUAUCAAACUCCUGCGUCAGGGUGAUACAAUCAGGAUAUUGUUAUGGACUUUCAUUCAGUCAUUUAAGGCCUUACCCUAUGUAUGCCUCCUCAUUGCCAUGUUGUUUUUCAUCUAUGCCAUCAUUGGAAUGCAGGUGUUCGGCAAUAUCCAACUUGACCCUGACUCAGAAAUCAAUCGCCACAACAACUUCCAAACCUUCGUUCAAUCACUUAUUCUGUUGUUUAGGUGUGCAACUGGUGAAGCCUGGCAGGCUAUAAUGUUGGACUGUGUUAAAGGAAGACCCUGUGAUUUAAAGUCAAAUAAGCAAGGAGAUGAAUGUGGUAGUAAUUUGGCAUAUACUUACUUUGUCAGCUUCAUUUUCUUUUGUUCCUUUUUGAUGCUUAACUUAUUUGUUGCUGUUAUUAUGGAUAAUUUUGAUUAUCUCACUCGGGACUCAUCAAUAUUGGGUGCACAUCAUCUUGAUGAAUAUAUACGAGCUUGGGCAGAGUAUGAUCCCAAUGCAACUGGUUUCAUAUCAUAUUCUGAGAUGUACCAGAUGCUUAGGAACAUGGAUCCACCCUUGGGAUUUGGAAAUAAAUGUCCAUAUCGUCUAGCUUAUAAGAAAUUAAUAAGAAUGAAUAUGCCUCUAAAUGAAGAUAUGCAAGUUAAUUUUAGCACUACCUUAUUUGCACUCAUUAGGGAGAAUCUGAGUAUUAAAAUGAGAUCAGCUUCAGAGAUGGAUGCUGCUGAUGAAGAACUGAGGGACACAAUUAAAAAACUGUGGCCACUUCAAGCAAAAAAACAAAUAAAUAGACUGGUUCCUCCUAAUGAAGUUCUAGGUGCCAGUCAAUUGACAGUUGGUAAAAUUUAUGCUGGAUUACUUAUUCUGGAAAAUUGGAAACAAACACGAUUUGGUAAAAUUCCUGGUGCAAAUGCUUUCUCUGAGAGUCCUUCCCAAUCUCCUCAUCCUUCAGAUUCACCGCGACCGUCCUUGCUGCAGAGGUUAAUGGGAGCAGUAAUGCCAUCACGACAGGGAAGCCUUAAUUUGGAUGAUGAGCAGUUUGAAGAUGCCGAUUCGCACAUGCCACUUUCAAGACAAGGAUCAGUGCAUCGUUCAACUCUAAGUAUUGAUAAGAAUCAUAACAAUGAGGAUAAGAAAUGGAAUAGAUCGUUUAGCUUUUUGAGAAGAGGUAGCAGUAGAAGAAAGAAAAAAGGAAAUGGUAAUGGUGUUGGUCCACCAUAUACACAGGGAAGAGAUGGUCAUCUGCAACCUGCUGGCCAGCCUCUUCAGUCGAGACCUUCAUCACCUUCAUAUGGAAGAAGAACAUCUGUGACGCCUCCUCGUACUACAUCCCCUCCCCCUACUCGCCAUUCCCCAACACCUCGACGCCCACACCAUGAUCUUGAUUUCUCUGAAGCUGCUUCUGGAAUGGCUGAAUUUGUCCAUGAGCAUAAAAGAAGAGGAAGAUCUAGAGGUAAAAAGAGGGAUUAUUCUCCCACAAGAGGUCGAUCUCCAGUUCCUAAGUCUACUUGGCAAUAUGGACCAAUUAUUCAUUCUAGAAGUAGAAGUCACAGUCCCGUUUACCCAAGUGUUCGUCUCGAUAGACGUUCUAGAACUCCAAGUCCUAGUCCAUCUACCCCAACACAAAGUGAAUAUUAUGGAACCUCUCAUCUGCAUUAUAGAUCUCGUAGUCCGAGCCCGUCGUCUGUGCGUAGCCUUCCUGUCGUUCAGCGAAGGCCUGGAGGAGGGAGGAGGUUGCCUCCCACUCCUACAAAGCCCUCUACUCUACGGUUAGAUAUUAUUUCCUCAGAUCCUAUCAAUUUUCCUGAUGUCUCACACUCACCCACAGUACCCCAACCAAGCCGUUCUCCUGGAAGCAUCAACUUCCCAAAGCUGAGUGCCUCUCCUACCCAUGCUUCCUUAUUGAACAGUCAGCAGCAGCACCCUCCUUGGAGGGAAAGGACAGCAGGGCCAAUGCACACCUCAGGCUCACUCUCUGUUGGCGAUGCGCACCUUCGAGAAGAGCCAACGCAUAAAGUUGCUACUAUCACGAGAGCUGAUAACACAUAUACUACCUUCACAACAACGGCCCUCGGACCACGCGCAGAGCCUUUAAGUUUUGAAGCAGCUGCUGCUAUAGGUAGAGGGUCUCGCCAUUUGCCUUCAGCCUUACCUAAUGGCUACAAGCCUGGACAGCGAGAGCGAGAACGAUUGCAAAGAGAACGAGAACCUUUGACGAUGGUCAUAAAGACAAAUCGUAAGGGACCACUGCAACAUGAUCCUGAUGAAGACGACUGGUGCUAGCAGCAACCUUGGUCGCUCUCCAGCCUUUUUUACGCAGUGCCAUUAAAGAGGGAAAGAGGGCAUUUCGAAAAUAUCAGAAGGGCCCUCUUUGCUGCUCACAUCACUAGCCUUCUUAAUAUAUAUAUAUAUAUAUAUAUAUUGCUUAUAUGUAUACAUACACAUAUAAAUGUAUGUGUUUGUAUAGAUAUAUAUUUCAAAUUUGUGGUUGUGGCUAAGUUUGAGUUACUUAUAUUAUUAAGCACUUUUAGGGGAUACAAACCCCAUGUUGACAGUAAAUAUUUUCUUUUAUAUUUUUACUUUGUUGAUUGUUUUACUUUUUUAUAAAACACUGAAAUGAGGAGGUUUUACUUUAUGUCAGUCUCCUCGCUUAAAUCUUUCAGGUUAUGCUGUGAUAGAUCAUUGUACCCUCUUUAAUGUUCCCUUAGCAGGUUUACAGAAGUCAAAGAGGAAACCCAUUUAAAGAUUUUGGGUAGGAAAAACAAUGCCUAUUAAGCUGUUUGACAUUUGAUAGCUGUAGUAUAGUGUAUAUUUACUGUAUUAACUGUGAUAUUAGAUGUUGAGUGAUUAACUGGUGAGCCAUUUGUAAGGUGUCUUCAUAUCAAUUGCAGUCUCUUUAAAGGAACUAUCAUUUACUGAAUGUAUUUACAGCAUUAAGCUUUUCUAUCUUUGGAAAAAAUAUUGAUCAUACAUGCAGCGAUUAU